AUGCUUCUGGUAUCAUUAGCAGCAGCAGCAGUAGUAGCAGUAGUACCCAGUAGCAACAGAAAUACGUUGUGUAGCAGUGCAGUAGGAGGAAGAGCAGCCACAGCAGCAGAAGCAACAGUAGUAUAGUAGUUGUCAUCGUUUUGGGUUUGUCGUUUUUUAAUGCGAUUUUAGGCAACUUUUAGAGUGUUUUGUUUUAGUAGUGAUAUUCUUGCCUUGAUUUGCAGUUGCAGGACAUAGCAAUAUCACCAAAUAUUCCUGAUCCAAGUCUGAACACAGUAGAGUGUGUUACCAUGGGUCAAGGAAAAGCUCCACCUUUUCCUGAUUGGAAGAACCUGCUUCAUGGAGUGUGCUGGUGUAUUCUUUGCAUAAGUUUGGUAUUCAGUCAAGUUGCUUCACAGUGGCUUAUAGUGCAGCUAAGAGAAUGGAAGAAUAGCAGCAGAGUUGAAGCAGAAAAAAGGAAAAAUGACAGCCAAGUAGCUGCUGUAAUGUUGUUAUCUAUAGUGGUUUUUAUUACCGGACUUUCCUUGAUUUUUUUCGCCUGGAGUCGUUCCUCUUUUGAGCAAGAUUAUUACAUGUGGACAUUCUUCAUAUCUGCGAUGCUUGUACUUGCGCGGAGGGCACUUUGGUGUUUCUGGCGUAUCUAUAAAAGCGAUAAUAUUGAUCUAUACAAGUUGAGCUUAACUAAGGGCCAUGAGAGCGACCCAAGCGGAAAUGUUAUUUCCUUCUUCACACUUUACCCAGCAAUAUUCAUGGUUUGCCAUCAUUUGUUGUGGAUAUUGCUGGGCGUCAUAACAGAACCAUUUUGGGGUAUUUCAGUUUUAGUGGCUGUUAUUUCUGUGUCUGCUAUUCUCGUUUUCUUUUCUUAUGAUUUCUACGAAUAUUAUCUUUCCCAUGAAUGUAAUGACCGCCAGUGUGAAAGAUGUUCUGCACGUAGAGACUGGCGACGUGAGUACUGGUUUCCGUUUUUUAUGUCGCUAUUUCUUGUUCUAGGAAGUUGCGCUGCAUCUAUACUGUUAAUAAUUGUUCUGUUAGUAGUUGCACAGUCGUUCCUUAGUGAGAGCCUUGUUUCCACGUUAGUUCAAAAUGGUUUGGUUUUUUUCUCAACUUUAUGGCUUGGAUAUCUGAAGCUACAUCAAGCAAAGAAACCAGCAGAAACCAGGAACGGUGGUAAUGGAGGAAAUUUGAACCAGUCCGGUCAACCCAAUGGUUAUGAACUUGUAGAGAUUCAAGUGCAAUAG